AUGUCACACAGCAAACGAAACACCUCUCGGGCCGUCUUUACCUCGCACGAAAGAGCUCUCGCGAAGGCCAAUUGGUCCUCUAGCUCCGCCCGCCUCAACCGUGAUUCAUUUCUUCCCUUCGGAUCCUGUGGACUCUGUUUAGAAAUUGUCCGUGACCCGGUCGCCUGUCAGCUAGGUGACAUAUUCUGUCGCGAGUGUGCCCUGGCCAAUCUGUUGGCACAGAAAAAAGAGAUAAAACGAGCCGAUAAAUCCCGGCAUGGUGCUCAACAGGAAGCAGCUCGCGCAAAAGCUGCUGAGGAUGAUGAAGAUACAAAAAGGGCAGUGUUGACGUUUGAGAAGACCCAAGCUGGCUUGACUGAUGUCAAGAAGAGAGGCAUUUCAGACCAAGACGACGGAGCAGGUCGAGAAACACUACCCGCCGCCACAGGCACGAAGCGAAAAUUCGCCCUAGACGAAGAUGAGUUGCUGCGCAUUGCUAAAGCAGACAAAGCCAAAGCUAGGAAAGCCAUCGAUGAUGAAAAGGCUGCCAAGCCGACGCUUCCUUCAUUUUGGACGCCAUCACUCACACCAGAUGUACAAGAUAGCAAGCUUGCUGCCGAGGUCAAGAACGUCAAAACAACACCGACGUGUCCUGCAUCUACCGAUGACAACCCUCACGCCAUAUCGAUGCAAAAGCUAGUCACGGUGCAUUUUCAGCAAAGCACGGAUCCGACCACUAAUAAAGGUGGCCAGUUCACAUGCCCUUCAUGUCUCAAAUCACUAUCCAACUCUUCCAGUCCAGUCAUGGCCCAACCUUGUGGCCAUGUUUUGUGCCUAAACUGCGUCAAAAAGUUCUUGGUUCCCCAAGGCCGGCAAACCCUUUCCGACGAAGAACAGCCACUCAUGUGCUAUGUCUGCGAUACACCAGUUGUUGGCAAGACUGCGAGAUAUGGCUCCUCAACUCCAAAACUCCCAGCUGGUUUGGUCUUGUUGAAAUCGGAGGGUACAGGGUUCUCUGCCCGAGGCUCAAACACGGUGGAGCGAUCAGGCGUUGCAUUCCAAUGCUGA